UCUGACUGUAACUACAAUUAGCGGGAGUUCAAAAUCAUAGCCACGGCUUACAAGCAGUCGCAGCAAGAAGCAUCAGUCGAUCGAACAAACGCCGGCUAAGAUACAAUCAAAGCCUCUUGCUACAGUAUUGACUAGCAAACUUCAACAACUAAACUCAAAUCAGUCGGAAUUUCUACCCGUUCAACUUGUCUUUAAUCUUGGUGAUCAAUGGUUUAAGAUAUUGAUGAAGAUUAUCCUAUAAUCUACGAUAAUCCGGUCAGCUAUCAACAUGUAUUACAACCUGUACAUAGUUUUAAUCUUAUUUCCUUUAACAGUUUUAUGCCUGAAAACAAUAGGCAAUGAUUAUGAAUACAGAUUGGUGAGAGAUGUUAUGAAGAGAUACGACAAACGAGUUCGUCCAGCAAUUAAUUCAACUGCAGUUCUUAAUGUAACGUUCGGUGUCGCUCUGGCGCAAAUCAUUGAUGUAGAUGAAAAGAAUCAGAUUAUUACAACUAACUGCUGGAUUAACCAGGGCUGGUUAGAUCCUAAAUUAAGUUGGGAUCCUAUAAAAUAUGGUAACAUAUCGGUUAUACGACUACCAUUUGAUUUAGUGUGGAGACCGGAUAUACUCUUAUAUAAUAAUGCAGACGUCAAACCCAUUGAAUCAUCCUACGUCAGUACGAACAUGAUAGUAACGUCUGAUGGAAACGUUACGUGGUUGUCAAUGGUGAUAUUUAAAAGCUCGUGCUCAAUAGACGUUAAAUAUUUUCCUUUUGAUGAACAGAGUUGUCUAAUGUCUUUCUCUUCGUGGACUUUCGACGCUAAUCAGUUGAAUAUGAUUGACGUUGGCGAAGAAGGCGACAUAUCGAAUUAUGUCAACAGCACCGAAUGGGUGCUGCACAAAUAUAUUCAGAAGCGGGAGGUGGUGCAUUUCUCCUGUUGUCCCGAACCCUAUGUAUUCAUUAACUACAUCAUUCAAAUACGACGACGGCCAUUGUUCUACUUGUUUAACUUGGUUAUGCCGUGUGUGCUGAUUACUUUUGUUGCUCUAAUGGGAUUUUACAUGCCGUCGGAUUCUGGUGAAAAGAUUUCAAUGGGUAUUACAACCCUGCUGUCCAUGACUGUAUUCUUAAUGAUUUUGGCUGAAAACAUGCCACCGACUUCUGAUGUUCUGCCAUUAGUAGGAUUAUACUACGGUAUCACCAUAGCCAUUGUUUCCUUCGCUACCGGCAUGACUGUCUUUACUCUAAAUAUUCACCACAAAGGUGCCAGAGGGGCAGAAGUACCGAGAAUUAUUAAAGUGAUAUUCUUUAAAUACGUAGCAAGAAUAAUGUUUAUCAGGUUAGAGCUACCUGAACAGACGCCUCCGGAAAAGGGGAUGCAGAAAAUUCCUCAAAAUGAUUACUACAUGAGGUAUGAUAAUGAGAAAAUGCCAGAAAAUGGAGGAUUGUCACCACGAUUCGCGCGCAAAAUAACACCUUCUGCAACGCCAGGGGACAGCACCGAGAGACACUUCAUCCGGGUUUUACAGAAAGUGUAUCAAACCAUCGAGAAAAACGAAAUGCGAUUGGCUGAACAAGACCGACGUGAUAAUAUUAAGCAAGAGUGGCAGCAAUUGGCGCUUAUUUUAGAUCGUUUGUUAAUGUUCUUGUUUAUCGUGUCCACAUUUUGCUACACUUUGUCAAUAAUCUUACCCGGGGCCACCUCAACAAAGUUCGAGGAUUAGAGACCAAGUGUUUAAUUAUGCAAGCUAACCCCUCGAUUGGUUCCAAUUUAUAGUGAAACCUUAAAUGUUUACACACCGCUCAAAUGAGAACGUCGAAUUGAAAAGUUAAAUGUGUUUCUUGAAUAGUACUAUGGGGAAGAUUUACCUUUAAUUUCAGAAUAGUUCCUCUAUAUAUUGUGGAACGUAUGAAUUCGUUAAAAAACAUAAAUUGCCUGGAAUCUUGUUGUUAGGGAACACAUUUUAACGGUAACUAGAAGCUUCCCAAUUGAGCGUUCGAGGUCAAGAUCAUUUGUUAGACAAAUUUGUCAGCGAAAGCUUAGAAGGAAUAGUAAUAAGGAAAGGGAAAUUAAUUCAAUGGGGAAAAUGAAUUUAUUACCAUAACAAGAAAAAGUUGGGAUUAUCAGACAGUAUGGAUAAAUAUGGUGAAUUGUGUAUAAAAAAUGACACAAAUAAGAAGAAAUUUAUUAAAAUUUGAACGAAUGAUUUCACAAUGUUUCUGUGUGAGCUUCAGACGCAAAACUUGCUUCAGAAGCAAAACGGAAGGGACAAACUAAUGGUAUUUAGUUACUAAAGUACAAUUUCAUUGUGUCAGAUUGGCAAAAGAGAUAAAUGUGUUUUAAAAUGUUUCUUCAAAGGAAAUUGUUAAUAAGACAAAACGUGUGAUUUCACCUAUGUCAUAUGUAUUUUUUGUGCGUAUUCACAAGUCCUCACUUAUCAUUGAACAUCCAUUGUCUGUUCUGUCAAUAAUUUGCUCCUACGUUAUAGAUGAAAUUUGUGUUUGGUACAUCAACUUCUUGUGAUUUUUAACAAGAACAUCAUAUAGUUAAGUUAACUAUACAAUAAUUAAUGUGUAUACUCUACAUUAUAGUAUAUGUUAUAUGUAGAGCUAUCGUUGCGUGUUAUGGUGUAAUAACGCACAGCUGUUCUACUUAGUGACAUUUUACAACAAUAUGUAAUACAGUGUGUUUUCAGUAUGCAGGAAUGAGUUUUCAAUAUACAGGGAUGAGUUUUCAAUAUACAGGAAUGUGUUUUCAACCUACAGGAACAGGUUUUCGAUAUACACAAAUGUGUUUCCAUAGGACUGUUUGACAAAAAUAUCUUGAACGUACAAAUUGACAAUACAUAGACAUCUAUUGUUAGUGUAGCUUUCAAUGCAGGGAUAUUUUUUUCAAUAUACAGUUUUCGAACGCAUGGAUAUAUACACAAGUAUAACAUUUUCUUUCAAAACAACAUAAAUACACAAAAAAUGUUUUGAACAUUCAACUAUAUAUAAUGUACUGUGAAUUUUUUUGUAUUUUAUGUUUAUAUAAAAAAGUGUAAAGAUUCAGGGUAUGUUAACAGCAUGUGUUUUAUUAUACAGAGAUAUUUGUGUAACGUAAUCUAAAGAACAUGGUUUUGUUCGGAUAAAAAUUAGAACAGGGAUUUCUUAUUUUCAGAUUGUAAAACAUAUCAUAUGUCCAGCGUUCGGUUAUCUCUAAGAUAUAUUUGUGUGGAUGUGCGGAAUCUUUCUUCCAAUAUAAGUGCUUAAAUGGAUUUAUGGCAUUUCCAGGAACGAAUGUACUUACUUUCUGGAAAGUGUAUUAUAUGUUUGAAAUUAUGACCUACUGGUGAUUUUAAUAUACUAUUCAAAAAAAGUAGGGGAUAUUUGAUUUUUAAGUGUUUUUAAAGUCACCUAAUGAAACUGACGAAGAAACAAAUGACAAAAUGAAAUGAAGUUCACAUUCAUCGAUUUAUUCCAAAUGAUCGUUAGACUAAGUAAGGCACAGACUGACCAUUAUAAGGGUAAAUUGAUACCCGGGGUCAAACAGCAAAGUUACCACAGCAUCACAACCAAGUCAGUAACGGGUAAAUCCUCCUCUGUUUGCCAAACAAGCAUUGAUCCGACGUGGCAUACUCCUAAUGAGACGUCUAAGGUCAUUUUGGUCCAGAUUGUCCCAUUCCUGUUGCAACGCAGCAGCAAGUUCUUGGACAUUGGCAGGACGUUGUUGACGUUGACGUAACCUCUGUCCAAGCAUGUCCCAGACAUGCUCGAUUGGGGAGAGGUCGGGACUCAGUGCUGGCCAAGGUAAUGUGGUGAUGUUCUGUUGUUGGAGGUAACCUGUAACGAUCCUGGCCCUGUGACAUCUUGCGUUGUCAUCCUGGAAGAUGAAACGGCGGCCAUGACGUCGUGCGAACGGCACAACAUGGACUGCCAAGAUGUUGUCCCGGUAGUACUGGCCUGUAACACGCCCUGCAACAACAUGUAAAGCCGUUCUUCCAGCAACAGUGAUGCCUCCCCACACCAUAACAGAACCACCCCCAAAUCGAUCAUGUCUGAUGACGUUAACGUCUUGGAAGCGCUCGUUUCGACGACGCCACACCCUCCUACGUCUGUCCAAAAAAUCAACAGUGAACCUUGACUCAUCUGAAAACAUCACAUUGCUCCAGCGUCGAUUAUCCCAGUGUUGACGAUCCCUACACCAACGACGUCUUGCCUGAAUGUGAUGAUCUCUCAAACAAGGGAUCACGCGAGGACGUCGGGCGCGAAGGUGACCCCUAUGCAGUCGAUUCCGAAUCGUCUGGCCACUCACUCUCACACCAGUGUCUGUUUGAAGACGAGCGCUGAUCUGAUUUGCUGUGAUGACACGAUUUCUCAAGGCCAAGGUACGGAUAAAUCGAUCCUGGGCUUGAGUUGUCGCCCUUGGUCGACCUGAGCGUGGUCUGUCCUGUACAGAUUGUGUAUCACGGUAUCUGGACCAUAGCCUGCUUAUGACAGACUGAGAAACAUUCAUCGUCCGCGCCACAACCGCCUGUGUUGUGCCGAUCUGUAGCAUGCCAAGGGCACGUAACCUUUCAUUUUGGGUAAGCCGACGCAUAUCAAAAUUUGUUUUCUGGUCACUAAAACAAUUAAACUGAUGUUUCCACCCUGGAAUUCAAUGCCACAAUGACUGUAACAUUCAAAGUCAGAGUCGUGCAAAUCUUGGGUUGGACCCCCAUGAUGAUCCCAAGCAUCACCUGCAUUCCAUGCGGUAGCUAUUGGUGCGUUUGGGCGUCACAUGUAACUGGAAAUGUUUCUUCUGUUAGGUUCUAUAGUGACUUUUUUCGUAGUCAUUUGCAUAUUUUAGUAUUAUGCCCCCAAAAUCAAAUAUCCCGUUUUCUUGUUUUUGAACGAACGUACCUAAUUCGUAGAAGUGUUCCAUAUAUUUUAGAGUUGUUUUUGGAAUUGUGACUUGCAGGUUGUUUUCAGAUGUAAGGAUUGUUUAUCUUUAGUUGUUUGAAAAUAGAUGUUCUUGUUCGCCACACCCUACACCAUUCAGUCGUAUAUAAUUGUAAUAGUUACAUACAUACACACCCACAUUUAUUCAUUUAAAGCAACCGUUCACGUUUUUUGUUGGGUUAACCUUCCUUGAAUAAAAUUUAAUAACC